AUGACGACAGAAUAUUUAAAGACAAAACAACCCUUAUACAUCCCUUAUGCGGGCAAUACCUUACUUGAGUUGCCGCUGUUAAAUAAAGGAUCGGCGUUUACGGAAGAAGAGCGCACUCGCUUCAACUUGCAUGGUUUAAUUCCACAUGUUGAAGAAAGCAUUGAAGAACAAAGUCAGCGUUCUUAUCAACAGUAUUGUGCUUUUAAUGAUGCGAUCAAUAAGCACAUUUACUUGCGUAACAUUCAAGACACCAACGAAACCUUGUUCUAUCACCUCAUUGAAAACCAUUUAAGUGAGAUGAUGCCGAUCAUCUAUACUCCAACGGUGGGUGAGGCUUGUCAGCGUUUCUCGGAUAUUUAUCGCCGCCAUCGUGGCACAUUUAUUUCCUAUCCAGACCGUGCGCAUAUUGAUGACAUCUUGCAUAACAUCAACAAGAAAAAUGUCAAAGUCAUUGUGAUUACCGAUGGCGAGCGUAUUUUAGGCUUGGGUGAUCAAGGUAUUGGCGGGAUGGGUAUUCCGAUUGGAAAGUUGUCGCUGUAUACCGCGUGUGGUGGUAUUAGCCCAGCUUAUACGUUACCAAUUACCCUCGAUGUCGGGACCAAUAAUCAGCAGUUACUGAAUGACCCGAUUUAUAUGGGUUGGAAUCAACCGCGUAUCAGUGGUGAUGAGUACUAUGCUUUUGUCGAUGAAGUGAUUGCUGCGAUCAAGCGUCGUUGGCCGAAAGCCUUAAUUCAAUUUGAAGACUUCGCGCAAAAUAAUGCCAUGCCGUUAUUGAAUAAGUACCGUGAUGAAAUCUGUUGUUUUAAUGAUGAUAUUCAAGGUACCGCAGCCGUUUCUGUGGGCAGUUUGAUUGCUGCAUCACGUGCGGCAGGUAAACAGCUCAAAGAUCAAACCGUUGCCUUCUUAGGUGCGGGUUCAGCAGGCUGUGGGAUUGCUGAGCAAAUUGUUGCGCAGAUGAAAGUUGAGGGUUUAACUGAUGCCGAAGCGCGUGCACGCGUGUAUAUGGUCGAUCGUUUUGGUUUAAUCACUGAAAAUCAGCCGAAUCUACUCGAUUUCCAACGUAAAUUGGCGCAAAAGCCAGACGUGAUAGCGGAAUGGGGCAAUGCUGAAGAGGUGAUUUCACUGCUCGAUGUCGUGAAAAAUGCCAAACCUACUGUGUUGAUUGGAGUAUCGGGUCAGCCGGGUUUAUUCACUGAAGAAGUGAUUCGCACUUUGGCGUCGAACUGUGAUCGUCCGAUUGUGUUGCCACUGUCUAAUCCAACGUCGCGUGUAGAAGCAGUGCCAGCAGAUAUUAUUCACUGGACGGACGGCAAGGCUUUGAUUGCGACGGGCAGUCCUUUUGCUCCAGUCAACUAUCAAGGCAAAAUUUAUAAUAUUUCGCAAUGCAAUAACUCGUAUAUCUUCCCAGGCAUUGGGUUGGGCGUGAUUGCGGCCAAUGCAACCCGUGUGACCGAUUCGAUGCUGAUUGCAUCGAGUAAUGCUUUGGCAGAUUGCUCACCGAUGUUGACCAACCCUACAGCAGAUUUAUUGCCUGAGAUUGAUGAAAUUCAGAAAGUCUCUAAGCUGAUAGCCUUCAAAGUGGCCAAAGCAGCAAUGGAUGCAGGUGUAGCCCCGAUUAUUAGUGAUGAGCAAUUGCAACACGCGAUUGAGAAAAACUUCUGGAAGCCAGAGUAUCGUCACUAUAAACGUGUCGCCUUCUAA